UCGUCUGAGUUUAGUGAAAGCGGCGCCAGAGUUCUUAGGUGGGGUCAGAAAAUUCAAGUGAAAAAUCGCGGCCAUGGACUCUUCCCAGCCGCAGCAGCAGCAGCAGCAGCCGCAGCCGCCGCAGCAGCAACCUCAGCCUGUUGUCAAGAAGAAGGAGACGCGGGGCCGCAAGCCGAAGCCCAAGGACGAGAAGAAGGACGAGCAGCUUGCGAAGAAGAUGAAGGCUCAGCAUCAGCCCUCCGUCGACGAGCGCUACACUCAGUGGAAGUCUCUUGUUCCUGUUCUUUACGACUGGUUCGCCAACCACAAUCUCGUCUGGCCCUCUCUUUCUUGCCGGUGGGGUCCUCAGCUUGAGCAAGCGACGUAUAAGAACCGCCAGCGUCUUUAUCUUUCUGAACAGACUGAUGGUAGUGUUCCGAAUACACUGGUCAUUGCAAAUUGUGAAGUGGUGAAACCUAGGGUUGCAGCUGCAGAACACAUUUCUCAGUUCAAUGAAGAAGCUCGCUCUCCAUUUGUGAAGAAGUACAAGACUAUCAUACACCCUGGUGAGGUUAACAGAAUUAGGGAACUUCCCCAGAAUGCUAGAAUUGUUGCCACACACACGGAUAGUCCAGAUGUCCUCAUUUGGGAUGUUGAGGCUCAACCUAACCGUCAUGCUGUCCUUGGUGCCACAAAUUCUCGCCCAGAUUUGAUUCUGACUGGUCAUCAAGAAAAUGCAGAGUUUGCUCUAGCAAUGUGCCCCACUGAACCUUAUGUUCUCUCUGGAGGGAAGGACAAGUUAGUUGUUUUAUGGAGUAUCCAGGACCAUAUAACAACUUCGGCCACAGACCCUGCUGCUUCAAAAUCACCAGGAUCUGGUGGAUCUAUCAUAAAAAAGGCGGGAGAGACAAAUGAUAAAGCUUCUGAUGGGCCUUCUGUUGGGCCACGAGGAGUUUACCAUGGUCACGAGGAUACUGUUGAAGAUGUGACCUUCUGUCCAUCCAAUGCACAGGAGUUUUGCAGCGUGGGAGAUGACUCUUGUCUAAUAUUAUGGGAUGCCCGUGCUGGCUCUGGCCCAGCUGUUAAGGUUGAAAAAGCACAUAAUGCUGAUCUUCAUUGUGUUGAUUGGAAUCCUCAUGAUGAUAAUCUUAUCAUAACAGGGUCAGCAGAUAACUCUAUUCGUCUGUUUGAUCGUCGGAACCUCACUUCUAAUGGAGUUGGCUCGCCCAUCUAUAAAUUUGAGGGCCAUAAAGCAGCGGUUCUUUGUGUUCAGUGGUCUCCAGAUAAGUCAUCUGUCUUUGGAAGUUCCGCAGAGGACGGGCUGUUGAAUAUCUGGGAUUACGAUAAGGUUGGUAAAAAGACAGAGCGAGCAACAAGGACACCUGCUGCUCCCCCAGGCUUAUUUUUCCAGCAUGCUGGGCACAGGGAUAAGGUCGUUGACUUCCACUGGAAUGCAUCUGAUCCAUGGACUGUUGUCAGCGUGUCUGAUGAUUGUGAUACAACUGGUGGAGGAGGAACAUUGCAGAUAUGGCGUAUGAGUGAUUUGAUUUAUCGGCCAGAAGAUGAGGUGUUAGCUGAGCUUGAAAAAUUCAAAUCUCACGUAAUUGAAUGUGCUGCAAAGCCUUAGAGAGACCGUAAAGUUCGAUGCAGUAGAUUGUAGCGUAGUGGAAUUGGAACUCUAGUCUGUCUAUCUUCAGUGUUCUAUUCUUUCUUUUUCCCUUCUUUGCAACUGUGUGCAUGUAUUUGGAAUAUCCGGCGCAGGCUCUCUCUCUUCUAUUUAUAGAGUUUACAGUAUGUAGAAUGAAUAUGACUAUCUGGCACCAUCAAUGAAUUGAACGCUGUCGGUUCUCUGUAAUGCCUGUUGAAUGAACGUUUGAAAAUGGAUCAUUAUUAGUGUUUGGUAA